AUGGAACUUGAGGGUGCACAUGAAGUAACAGAGACCAUUCGAACGAUAUUCUUUUACCCGAAGUGGAAGUAUGAAGAAUUUCACAAACAUCCGAAUUCAACCAUUGCCGAAGCUUUUCGGAAAGGUUACGAGGUGGUUUACGAUCUUGACAACACGAUGGAAAUCUAUCACUGGAAUCGUUUCUCUAAUCAAACGAUUACGAUCGAUCCUCGCAACCUCCUAGUACCGGACGAGAUUCGUGAUUUGCAUGGUUUCGAGAUAGAGCUGUAUCAAUUGAAACACCAUACCAUAGUAAUGACCUUCGACGCAUACCUUUUAGAGCAGAUUUGCAGGAAGAUAAACGCCACUGCUGUCGUGACGGAUGUUUUUUCAAGUCGUGCAAUGAUGUUACCAUUAAUAGGCAUGCAUGGCAUCAUGUUGAGGGGGUUAGUACUUGGAGUUGGAAACAUAUUUUUGGCAGUCAACGUUCCUCGAGCCAAGCCCAAGUCAAUCAUGUCGAUACUGAUCGAUCCCUUCGACAUGUACACAUGGAUCACAUACUUCCUACUAGUUCUUACAAUGGCCAUUACCCUCGCCUUGUUUGGAGAACUUCUUGGGAGGCGCCGUUUCUAUGAGAUAGUCCUUGAGCUGUUCAUGAUUUCCCUCGCUGGUCCGUCAAGAGCAUAUGGAGGAUCAUUCGAAAAUCGAAUGAUCACUGUAUUCUGUCUAAUGGGAAUAGUGCUCGUAUCGUCCUAUCAAUCACUUGUGAUCUCCUUCAUGUCUUUCGCGCGCUAUCCUCCCGAGAUUAACACCCUGGCGGAGAUACAAGAACGGUGCAUUUUUAAGGAUGACAAGGACUCACAAUUUUUCAACUUUAAGAAAUAUCCGAAUGGUUCCUUUCCAGGCAGUGAAAACGUGUGUUCAUUUGAAAUGGGACGCGAUAACGAACAACGUACCAUAAUGGUAGCUUCAAAUGUUAUCUUCGACAGGCGCUUGUUUUACGUUGAAGACUACGUACGACACAGAGUCCAAAAUGUUCGCUACGCCAACACCAAAUUUUUCGAGUAUCAGUUAUGCUACAUUAUUAAUCCGCAUCUACGAAAGUUGUUUAAAUUCUAUAUUCAGGCUAUUUUUGAAUCAGGUAUCUAUGAUCAUUACUACAACAACAAAUCACUACCCAGCUGGUUAGUGAAUGAAAAGCACGACACUUUUGUCGAGCGAGUCGUGAAAAUAAGAGAUCUUACAUUGCUGUGGUUUGCAUAUGGGUGCGGUACCUUACUGAGUGUAGUACUUUUCUUCGUUGAAAAAGUUAUUUAUGUUAAACUUGAGCGAUAA